AUGUCUUCUGCAUCCCGAGUACCAUCUCGAUCACAGCCACUGCGUCCCCGGAACACUAAGAACGAUGUUGCUUCCGAUGCUAACAUACGCAAUUUUGCACCAGUCGCCCGAAUCAUGAAAGGUGCUCUUCCAGACAAUGCCAAAAUCGCAAAAGAAGCCAAGGAAUGCAUGCAAGAAUGCGUCAGCGAGUUCAUCUCGUUCAUUACUAGUGAGGGUACGUCUACUGCUACUGGAGUACCCCUUCACAAGUGUUCGACCACAAGCUGA